AUGUGCGUUCCUUGCUUCUUUACCAUUUCCACUUCCGAAGUCGGCAUUGUCGAAACAUGGGGAAAAUACUCUCGCAGCGUCCAACCAGGUUUGGGCUUUGUCAUGUGUCCCAUGGAAUCCUUGGUCGGACGGUUGUCCUUUCGGGUGCAACAAUUGGACGUCCGGGUGGAAACCAAGACCUUGGACAAUGUCUUUUUGACCGCGGUUGUCUCGGUCCAAUACCAAGUUUUGAGGGAAAACAUUCUAGAGGCUUUCUAUGCCUUGACCAAUCCAGCACAACAAAUUACUGCUCACGUCUAUGACGUUAUGCGCUCCCAGCUUCCUACUUUGGAACUUGACGCUGUCUUUGAAGCCAAGGAUGAUCUCGCCGCUGCCGUCAAGGAAGCCUUAAGUCAAACCAUGGAAAAGUAUGGCUACCAAAUUUUGAAUGCCUUGAUUACGGACCUUGAUCCUGAUCAACGCGUCAAGAAUGCCAUGAACGAAAUCAACUCGUCCAAGCGACUUAAAUAUGCCGUUGCCGAACGUGCCGAGGGAGACAAGAUUCUUCAAGUCAAAUCGGCCGAGGCCGAAGCGGAAGCCAAGUAUUUGUCGGGAGUCGGUGUGGCCAAGCAGCGCAAGGCCAUUGUGGAUGGAUUGCGUUCUUCUAUCGUUGAUUUCCAUGACAAUAUUGAUGGUACUUCCACCAAGGAAGUCAUGGAUUUGUUGUUGUUGACCCAAUACUUUGACAUGGUCCAAGGCGUCGGUACGGCACCUCAUUGCCGUACUACCUUUGUCCCUACGUCCCGCAACAUGGGAGACGAUAUGAGAAAUUCACUCUUGCAAGCCAAUGCGGCCACCAAGACUGGAAGAUAUGACGAUCGAGUAAUGAGUGCCUAG